GUUGAGCGUUGCUAAAGCGGACUUAUAAUGUUCACAGUAGCUAUAUAGUAAGUAGUGGUUUAAUGCGUAAUCCAUGUCAAAACAGCUGGGAGAAUGGAUAUUGGACGUCCCUUUAAAGAGUUGACCGAACCCCUUAAAAAUCUUAAACUACGAAAAAAGAGUAAAUUUCGGAAGAAGUCCGCCCCUUCUGAGAAAGUAACUAAAAAGGGUUAUGAUCUGCUUAACGAUGAAAAGGUCCUCGACCAUGAAUUAGAAAAUUUAGAUAUUAUUGACAUUUCAAAAGAAAAUGGAGGGAAUUGUGAUGUCAACAAUAAAAACGUUUUACCUGAAACAGAAAUAGACCGAAGAGAAGAAAAGUUAAAAGGUGAAAUAAGUGAACUUCAAAAUAUGUUAAAUGUAUUAAAGAGCGAACUUAACCCUGCUAACCUAAAUAAAACUUCCAAAGAUUUGGAAACUGAUGACGAAGGUAUGUCAGCUGAGGAAAAAUACGAACUUAAUAUCCUUAAAACGGAAAAUGAGACACUUUCUAAGACAGUGCAAGAGAUUAUGGGAGUAAAAGAACUUUCCGUUGAAAAGCUUAAAGAAAAAGCUUCCAAUGGAAGAAUAUUUAAAGAUAAAGGAGAAGAGUACCACUGGUUAAAAACGUACAUUAAAAAUUCAGAUCACGAGCAAACUUACCAAGAACAGCAAAUAGAAGUACUAACUGUUGACCAAAAAGAACUACUUGCAAAAUCAGAGAUAACUUUUGAAAAUAAUAUAGCGGAAGAAAAACUUUUAAGGCUUCAGGCAGAAAAUAGUCGUCUGGUACAAAAAAUAAAAGAACUAUCCAAAGGACGUAAAAUAAACGAAAAGGCGAACUGCAGUAGCAAAACAGCAACCGCACAAGGGGGCACAACCCAAGCAAAUUUAGAAAAGGAAUGGGGAGCAGAACGCGGGGUGAUACUUGGUGUCCAAACUCUUCCCCCUAAACCUGAAAGUGGGAUACCCGAAAUACAAGCAUGCCAAAUGACUAUUGCGAGGCUAGAAUACAAAUUGAGAGAGGCGGAAGCUAAAGUUUCUUGGGCGAACAGAAGAGCCUCUAAAAGAAGGUAAGC